UCCAUCCUAACAUCUCCACUGUUGUAUCAUCACUGCUGUGUUGUAUCAUCACUGCCGCGCGGCUCAGUUCGCCUAUUGUUGGUCAGUUUGGAGCGGAGCGGAGCACCAAGCAGUCCCAGCAUCCUCCUCCUCCUCCUCCUCCUCCCCUCGCUGCAGGCGAGCGACAUCCUGCAUGCCGCAACCGCGCUCAACUUGCGCUCCCGCCUGCACUUGGACUCGCACCAUGACGACCGGUUCGGGGGCACCUUGCAGCCGAGUGCCUCAGGAAUGGUGGGGACUGCACAGCCGCAUCCCGGGGAGCAUGUAAACGUUUGGGAUUUUACUGCCACAAAGGGGGAACGAUGAGCAUCUUCUGGCUGUGUUUGCUCCUGUGCGCCGAUCUCCUCCAUUUAUCCCUGGGAUACUUGACAGUCACCAUCGAGCCGCUGCCUCCCGUGGUCGUGGGCGAGACCGUCACCCUCAAGUGCAACUUCAAAACGGACGGACGACUCCGGGAGAUCGUCUGGUAUCGGGUCACAGACGGAGGCACCAUCAAGCAGAAAAUCUUCACCUACGAUGCCAUGUUCAAUACCAACUACUCCCACAUGGAGGACUACCGCAGGCGUGAGGACCUUGUCUACCAGUCCACUGUCCGGCUCCCAGAGGUCCGUAUCUCGGACAACGGACCUUACGAAUGCCACGUGGGAAUCUACGACCGGGCAACACGGGAGAAGGUGGUCCUGGCGUCAGGGAAUGUUUUCCUCACCGUCAUGUCUCCUCCAAACAACAUCUCGGUGGUGGCGGAGAACACGCCGGCCCCGUUUAGUCGAUACCAGGCCCAGAACUUCACUCUGGUCUGCACCGCCAAGGGAGGGAAGCCGGCACCGUCGGUGUACUUCAAGCGCGAUGGCGAGCUGAUCGAGGUCAUCUCCUACACUCAGCCCUCCUCCGGCGACCAGCAAGGCGGCGCGUCGGCGGGGUUUCGAGGCGCCAGGCCGCUCAUCAGCCGGGACCUUGACGAUACCAAGAUGCAGCGCUCCCUCUCCCUGCUGGAUCCCGAGAGCCGCUCGGCACGCUUGUACACCGAGGGGCCCCAGCGCGUGCACACUCAGGGCCAGCAGGCCUCCGAGCCCAGCCCGGCCACCGAGGUUAUCCCCGAGACGGUGGUGAGCCGGGAGUUCCCCCGAUGGGUCCACAGCACGGACCCUCUCUACUACUUCAGUCACACUCACAUCCCGCAAAGUGACGGCUCGGUGGUGGUGCAGGCCCGACUCACCUGGACCCUCAACCCCCAGCUGGAUAACGACGCCCUGUUCAGCUGCGAGGUCAAGCACCCGGCGCUCUCCAUGCCCAUGCAGACCGAGGUCACGUUAGCCGCCCCUAAGGGCCCCAAGCUCUUCAUGACCCCCAGCAGGGCCAAAGUUGGGGACACAGUGCGCAUCACUGUGCAAGGAUUCCAGGUAGGACCUCGUGGGAACGAGGUGUUCCCGGAGCCCCUGUUUACCUGGACCCGUGUGGGGGGGCGCCUCCUGGACGGCAGCAGCGAGCGAGAGGGCAAGGAGCUCAUCCUGGAGAGAGUGCCGGCCGAGCUGAACGGCUCCAUGUACCGCUGCACGGCCCAGAACCCUUUGGGCUCCACGGACACGCACACCCGCCUCAUCGUCUUUGAGAACCCGAGCAUGAUGAAAAACACGCAGAGCCAGAACAACGCAGCGUUCCACAAGGAUGUGUUUGGCCUCCUCACGUGGAUGCUGCUGGUCGUUACAGUGACCGUGGAACUGACGUGAAAACUCUCUCACUCACACACACUUGCCCCUCCUACCCCACGCACUCACACACACACACACACACACACACACACACACGCAUUUCGAAAGCGAGCAAAACAUGGGCGUACGUCCGGCCGAAGCCACCCGAUCGCGCUCCUCCCAUUUUUGUAACGGAAUAAUAACCAAGCUAAAAGAACGUGACGACUUUCUCCCGUUUCCCCCGGUUACAUCUUUUGUUUCGUGUGUUCCUUGUCCCGCAUCUGCCUGUUGACCAAUAAAGUUAGUUGAUUGAAAACCGGAAAGACGGCAUUGGGAUGAUAUUUUUUUUGUACGAGUCUAAGUCGCGUCACUUUUGGCUGUGGCGCCAAGAAAAGGCCGCCGCGCCCAUCUGCCGGAUAUCCCAGUUCAGCACUGAGGGGUGGGAGGGGCCAACGCAGAUGCUCCGAGCUUUUAUUUACUUCUUUUCCUUUUGAUGGCUGAGAAUGUAGAAAAAGAAUCGGGGGGGUAUUGGGAGUUCAGUGUAUUUUGUGUAAAUAAUGCAGAUAAUGAAAAUAACUUUUAUGGGGUUGUGUUGAGAGAGGCUUGCAAAUGUUUGUACUUCACUCAUCAGCUGGACUCAGCUGAAGGAAGAAAAGCUAAAUCCCUUCACUUUUUUUCUUUCUUUGUUUUAUAUGACAGGAAGUGGUCUCACAUGUGUCCAAUGUUUUCAUGGUCGUGUUGCAUGUGAAAGUUGUUUUGUUUUUUGGGGGUUUUUUUCUCUCCUUUUCUUUUUCCAGCUUGUUGUCGCUGCAGAAAUAUUGACUUGUGUCCUGUUCUCUUCGAGGGCCCGCAGUGUGUGCACCAGGGACGUGCGGUCAGGGGAGGCAGGCGUGGUCAAACCCCAGGCCCAAAUAAACAAAAACAAAAAACUUUUUUUUUGACAUUUUCUUUAGUUGAAAAAAUAACGCUAAAUUGGCACAUUUCCGAUCAAAGUACCGUAUUUUUCGGAGUAUAAGUCGCACCGGAGUAUAAGUCGCACCAGCCGAAAAUGCAUAGUAAAAAAGGAAAAAAACAUAUAUAAGUCGACAGGGGUGCCGAAAAGGGGGGGUAAAGGAGACGGAUUCUAGGGGCCCAUGAUGGAGGGGGGCCCAGAGAGGCCCCUAAUGAUGAUGAAAUUAUAAUACAGAAAAAAUAAUGACACUGUGUUGGGGGCCCUGCAGGGACGUGCACAUGAUUAUAGAGGGGCAGGGGCUCAAAGUCAGAAAAGGGCAGGACAUUUUUUUUUGGUCCUUUGCACAAUAUGGAAAUUAAUGUAAAAUUUAAUUUGCUAAUAGGAAGCUAACUACUUAGCUGUGUGUCCUUUGUAGGUAAAAGUGAUUGCCAUUUCUUUUGUGUCAACAAAUUAUUGUCAUAAUGAGUUAAUUCACAUUAUCAUAGGCUUGGAAGACAUGAAAAGCAACAAAACACUGGUGUAUUAUUAGGCUAUUUAUUGUUAAAGAUAAGCACUUUAAUAUUGAACAUUGAACAGUGCAACAUGAACGAAUGAAGGAAAAAUACAAAAAUAAAUACCCAAAUGGAAAAAACUUCAAUGUGAAAAUCUGUCCUUCUUCCCUUAACUUGAUGAAAACACCAUCAAGUUGUAACUUAUGGUCUUUCUCACUUAAUGCUCAGACUAAACAACUGAAACGCAAUACAGGGCCAAAAAUAUGGACCAGGGGCCAGUAGAGGGCUGUAGGAUGGAGGCCACCCAUACCCAAAUAUGCUCCUCAAUGUAAAUUCAGGGCUUCCAUGAAAUGCUGUGAAAUCAGUGCACAAUCAGUAGCCAAACCUUCUGGGGGCCUAAAAGCAGCAACCUUCUGGGGGCCAUGUCCCUGUAGAUGUUGAUCACAUCAUUGUGAUUCAUGACUACGUCUUUUUCAAUGGAGAGGAGAAGGAGAUCAGACAGCCUCUCUUCUGUGCAUAGGCCUCUGAGUGAGUUUUUGACCAUCUUCAGUUUAGAAAAAGACCUCUCUACUGUGGCAGUGGACACUGAAUCGUGGCAUAUGUUUUCAUCAUUUCUUCCAGUGCUGGAAAGAUGUCAUGUCCACUGUUGUCUCUUAGUUUUCUUAAGAUCCCCUUCAGUGUGAGUCAUGUGUCAUUCUUCUCAUUAUUGUUAUUAUUAUCAUUAUUAUCAUUAUUAUUAGUAUUAUUUUGUUAACCCACACAGUAAUAGCAAAGUCACAAUGAACUUUAUAUCUAAACCUCUACUGUGAGAGAAAUGUGAUCGUAAACACAGUGCAUUUUAUUUUGAAAAUUAACCCGGUGUUUUAUUUUGUAUUUUGUACACUACUUCCUGUCCCGCACGAUCCGCUCUGCUCUGUGCGGAAAUGAUGUGCCGUGCUCAAUUAAUGCGCCUUGCUCCGACGUCUGGCAAAAACAGAAGCUGACACAUUGAAUAAUAGAAUAAUACAGCAUUUUUCUGAAAUAUUACCCAUAUUAGAUGCUGAAUAAGUGGACGGCGACUAGACCAUAACUCACAGGUUCAAGUUGCUCCACUGUCACGUCUCCUCAGGGGCGCAGUUGGCUCUCUCUCCUCUCACUUACUCACUCACUCGCCCUCUCUCUCUCUCUCUGGCGGACGCGGCAGGCUCAAACAACCCGGUAUUACAAGAAAACGUGGAGUUUUUUUCUUUCUUUCUUUUUUUUACAUCCCGGACAGGAAUUUAUUAAUGUUGUUUAAAGAAAGAAGAAGAAGAAAAAAAACACACACACACAGGCAGAGGGCACUUUUUAAAACAAGGCAAAAAAGGGCAGGGGCUCAAGCACCCAUAGGGCCCUAUGUGUGCACGUGCCUGGGGCCCUGAAAAGAUUCUUUUCAUGGGGCCCAAAAUCCCUAGCGGCGCCCCUGUAAGUCGCACUGGAGCCCGGCCAAACUAUGAAAAAAAACUGCAACUUAUAGUCCGAAAAAUACGGUAUAGUCCAUGCCGCAUCUUUCCAACCCUAGACUCUCAUAUGAGGGAUGACAUUUGUCCAAACAUGUCCUCCACACCAAGCCUCUGCAAUGCAUUUAUUCUACCAAAUUUUUUCGGACUAUAGAGCGCACCGUCGUAUAAGUCGCACCCGCACAAUUUUAGAAGAAAUAUAUAUUUUUCUAUACAUUACCUGAACCGGACUAUAAGUAGCAGAUAUUGUAUAUACCAGGGGUCGGCAACCCGCGGCUCUUUGAUCACUCUGAUGCGGCUCAGCAGCUUACUUGCUGAACCCCCCGAUUUUCCCGUGAAACUUCCGGAUUUCAGUGCCUCUCGCAGAAAACUCCCGGUAUUAAUAUUCACCAAUUUUCACCCUUGCGGCUAUAAUAAGGGCGUGCCAUGAUGGUACAAUAUCUGGCGCCCUCUACAAUCUGUAUUAACAGCGUGCCAGCCCAACAAUUGUUAUACAAUAUACAUCUUUUGCUUGCACACGUACGUGACAGCAAGGCAUACUUGGUCAA